GCAGCGACUACAGAAAACAUGGCGAAAGAGUCACAACCAUCUGAUUUUGAUCAACGGUUCAACGAAUGGCGUAAGAAGAAACAUCUUGUCGAUUGCUCGUUCCGGGUAGGCGAAGACAUUUACCAUGGUCACAAGCUGAUCCUGUCGGCAGCCAGCCCAGUUUUCGAAGCAAUGUUUUACGGAGCGCUUGCCGAGAAACAAACGGUCAAAAUAGCAGACAUAAAAUCCCGGGUGUUUGAGCGUAUGCUCGACUACAUCUAUGUCGGAACGAUCGAUUUCGAAAGUGUGCACAACAUUGAAGAGCUGCUUGAAUUGUACUACUGUGCGGAAAAGUAUAUGAUUGAUAGUUUGCAUGAAAAGUGUGUUAGCUAUUUUGGCAAAAAUAUUAAACCGAACAACGUGCUGAAAAUACUCGACAUAGCGUAUCGGAUGAACUUGGACGAUAUUAUAUACUCGUGCAUGUGCGUGCUGAAGCACUUCUUCUCGUCUGGGAUGAGCUUGAGCAACAUCAUACUGGAGAGAAAUCAUCACCUGUCGAAAAACUGUGUCGAUCUCAUACUGGAGGAUAACUUCGAGGUGAAGGACAACAUUAUCUGUAUGAUACGGGCCUGGUGCAUUACGGAAUGCGAGCAAAAUCGACUCGAGAUCAACCGAGACAGCAUGAAAACCGUGCUGCAAGAUAUUGAGCUACCGGACAUACUGAAGGACACGAUCGUUGGCUGUAGCUUUACCAACUUUACUCCCAUCGCGGGCGACAAAUCGGGCUGGAUACCGGUACAGCGCAUUCAUUACAAAGCAGUACGCCCGUUGAUCAUUGGCGACGAGAUGGACUUUGAGACGCACAUUAGCACCAAUCGAUUUAUAGUGAUCAAAUCGAUUAACAUCAAUAGCCGGCUUCUGCCGCAGCUGAAGGUAACCGAUGUACGGCAAGAAACGUACACGGAAAAGCUGAUGGUGGAAAUUUCCGCCAAACACAGCAAUGAUCGCCAGAAGAUCUAUCAGAAGGAGCACCUUAUCUGUGAUGUAGCGUUCAACGAUAGCUUACAGCUGAACUUGACCGAACAAAUUGUCUUCUUUCCCGACGUUAUGUACAUGGUUCGGCUGAAAUGGGAUGCUAACAGCUUAGGGUACGAGUACCCCCGCUCCAUCCUUUCCGCCUAUGGCAAAUCCAAGCAGUUGCUGGUGAACUUUAGUGAAAACGUUUAUCUGCAAAACUCGGGCAGUAUACUAAACGGAAUAGUUUGCGAUCUUUACAAGUGA